GCUCCAACAUCAGAUCGACCUCACAGCUUGCGCCCAGCUGCACAAGAACGACACACGACGACCGCACACACGAACGGUAGUAUAUCUGAGGCACAAUGUCUUCGCACCGCCUGUUUCGCUUUCCCAAGCCGGCUUGGUUGAAUAGCGCCAACACGAGGACCGCAGGCGUCUACGCAGCCGGAGCUCUGUUCUCCCUCGGCUUCUUCCUCCUGAUCGAUGUCGCCUCCUGGUCAAAGUCCCCUAUGAACCCCUCCGACCCAGCCGUGCACGUAACCUUCGUGGAUUGGAUACCCGGGAUCUGCUCGGCGCUAGGAAUGCUCGUCAUCAAUUCGAUCGACAAGUCUCGUCUGUCUGCAGACUCAUUCUCCUAUUCCGGGAAUGGCGUUGCGUGGAAGGCGAGAUUGGUCUUGUUCUUGGGCUUUGCGCUGCUAGCGGGUGGGCUGGCGGGAAGUGUGGUAGUUUUGGUGCUCAAGUACAUUGUGGCAGAAUACGUAUGGCCAACUAUCUGGAUGGGCGUGGGCAAUGUCGUUGCGAACGGGUUGGUGAUGCUUAGCUCUGCUGUGCUUUGGGUGGCCCAGAAUAUGGAAGAUGAGUACACCUACAACCUAGCGCUCUGAACUGGUGGCGAUCGUUCAGGGAGGGAUUCAAAUAGCAGUUGAUCUGUAUGGGGAAGCGACGAGUUCGUGAUGGAUAUCUCAGAGCCCGUAGUGGGUUGCUGGCAUUUGAAAUCUACAUUGCAUGUUGUGUCAUUAGCUCGGCGUUGGAAGUCUUUUAGAGACCAUGUGGGACAUUUUGCAAUCGAGUGUUGCAUGAAGAUGUGGUUCUUAUAUGAAAUACAUUAGGCACUUAACAUGAGCGAU